ACUUUCUGCCCAUCCCGACAAGUUGUCUGCUGGGUCCUAGCGCCCCUUCCCAGUAAUCCCCGCUAGCAUAGGAAGCCAUGGAGGAAGAAAGGCCGGCAGCGGGCGCAGCAGGAGAGCGAGAGGAGGAGGAGGAGAAGGCGGGCCAUAGAGGCACUGCCAGGGCCAGCGGUCCCUCAGAGCCGGAGAGCGAAGGCUGCGAGGGCCUCUGGGAGCUCCCCGUGGAACUCAGCGCCAGGAGGCCGGAGUGCAGCCGCUGCGGCCGUCCUCAAAAGGUUUGCCUGUGUCCAUUCUUGCCUGUUCAUCCACUGAAAGUCUCCACUUGUCUAUAUAUCAUCCAGCAUCCAGCAGAGGAAAGUAGAGUACUACGGACAGUUCCUCUUCUGACUGCUUGUCUACCCGAAGACAAAUGUAAAGUCUUAAUUGGUCGACGCUUUAGUGAAGACAGGUACCCUGAGUUAGCGUCUGUCUGCAGAAAUUCAAAUACCUUAAUAUUAUACCCUGGAGCUGGAGCAGCAAAUUUGGAAGAAAUAAACAUAAGCUCCUCUGAUCCUUGUGUAAUCAUCAUCAUUGAUGGAACAUGGAGUCAGGCCAAGGACAUAUUUUUUAAGAACUCCCUUUUUCGAAUACCUAAACAGGUGGAGCUGAGAACUAGUCUUUCAAGUCAGUAUGUAAUUCGCACACAGCCCACAAAUACCUGCCUAUCCACACUUGAAUGUGCAGCUGUGGCCCUUGCCAUCAUGGAAAAAAAUGAGAGUAUUAAAGAGACUAUACUCCGUCCUCUUCAAGCCUUGUGUGCUUUUCAGCUUCAGCAUGGUGCUCAAGUCCAUCACAGCAAGGAACAUCUUCUUAAAAAUGGUUUAUACAACAAGCCAAUGCCAAAAAAUAAACGCAAGCUCAGGAAAAUGGAACUUCUAGUGAAUAAUGUUAAAAUUUAGCAGUGUCAUGUAGAUUUAGUAUUAAAAGGUUUUUUUAAAAUGCCUUUUAGCUAAUGAAAUGGAGUUUUGUGUGGAUGUAAUCCAACCAACCAUCUUUUAUAAUGGCACACAUUCCAAUGGCGGCUUGCCCAGGAGUUCAAGUAUAAUCCAAAACUAGACAGCCUGGAUCUUUGCCUUAGAGAAAGGGAUAAACAAGAGGUGUCAUUUCCCUUUCACCUCAUGUUUAUCAAUCUGUGAUCUGUGUAACAGGCAUCUUUAGUUUUUAUUAUGGGGAGGCUUUGGGCUUUCCUGCAGAAGUAGCAUACAUUUUAGGAACAUUAGCCCAAUGAGAAGGAUUCAGAAUGAGAACAGAAUAUUCUCAUUCAGGGAUCUUGCUUUGAUUUAUAAUGAAAAUGAGACUUAAACUAUAAUUUGAAUAUUUUUUCUUGUAACUUGUUAUUUUAAUCAAACAUUUGAAGAGACAUAAGAAUAGUCUUCACACUAAAGGAAGAAUGAGGUUGUAAAAGACAGUUUACCAAUAAAUGUGAUAAAUGCUUCUGAAAAUAGCUUUGUAUAUAUGGAAGUCAUUAUACACGACAGAAAUAUAGUAGAAUUUUAUUAGUAUUAGGUAUAGUAAACAGGAGAGGCAUGUAUCUCCAGAAUGUACAAUAGAUGUAAGCCAGUGAGCUAAGGCUAGUUGGCUUGACUGGAACUUGCUGUGGUGAACAUCUGCAGUAGGGGAAAGAACUAAAAAGAUGUGGAAACCCAACUACCUCCAUUCACAGUCUUCUGUAGGUCAGUUGUCCCUGAAACCACUCUGUCCACAGAGGACUCCAGGUGAGGGAAUCUGCCCCCUAAAACAUUUAUAUCCUCACUCCUUCUGUGAGUGUGAACCAUAUAACUUUUCAGUCUAAAAGCAGUGCAUCUAUAUUAUUCAAAAUGAUCCAAAAUUUACACCAGGCUCAAAGGGAUUCAGUUGUGAGUAUAUUGAGCACUAGACUUCAGAUUGUCUGUUUUCAGUACCAUUGGUGGAAACACAAGAAUUAGGAUGAUUUGGUUUCUCAAUUAACCUUUUUAACAAUGGUAUAUUGGAAGUAGGGUUAGUACAAUGAGUUGCAAGCUUAUUUUAAAGUAAUGCCAAUAGUGAUGGAAAGUCUGGCUUUUAAAUAACAAACCCUGGGAUUUUCAGGGUUUAGCCAUUCUAUAGCUAAUAUUGUGAAUUUUGUGUGCUCACACUCUUCUGAAUCAUGGCACUGACUUUGUUUCUGCUUUAGAUUGCUCUUAGUGAAAGUACUUUCAGAAAAUUGAACAGUAAAAUCUUGGAUAAGGAUGUGUUUUAAAGAAACAAAUGAACACACCCUGUAUUCUGAAUAUUGAACAUUUUGUGGGAAAAGAUGUUGUGCCAAUAACACAUGGCUGAGUAUUUGUCUACAUAUAUGGACAUAUGUUCCAUAUAUUCAGAAUACAGGGUGUGGGUAACUAGACAAUACCAGUACCAAUACCAAGAGAAUAUCAGUUCAAGUAAAAGCUGCUAAUGCUGACCUAAAACAUUCCUACUGUAGAUGUGCUCAGGCUCUUGUUCUGUGAAACCAAUAGCAAAUAAGCUUUGUACAUAUUAAUGGAGAAAGUUUUCAGUUCCUUUGAUGAAUUUUUUUUGUACGUCAUAUUGAGCGUUAUUACUGUUUAACACCAUUAUUUUGUUACGAAGGCUAUCUUCAGUACCAUGAAGGCUAAUCUUUUUUCUUUAAUAAAAAUAUUCUUUUAAAUUCUGAGGAUAAGAAAGAAAUCUAAUACCCUUAAUUCACAAACAAUUGAAAGAGAAUGAGUUGGAAUUAGUAAUCAAAGAAACCUUUCAGUUAUAAUCCUAUAACAUGUAUUUUUAAUUCAAAAUAGAUUAAAGUGGCACAUUUAUAAAAAAGGUCUUUCAUUUCCUGUAAGCCAUUGUACAGUCAUCCUAAUACAAAAGUGUGUUUCUUUAUUAUUACUCAGAAUAAUGUUUGGCUUUAUAAAAGCAGAAUAAUGUUUGGCAGUUCAGUAUUUUAAUUCUGUUAAAAAUUUGAUUGUUCCGAGAUGAUGCUGAUCUUCUGUUUGCCAUAUAUUGUAUGGCUGAACCAGUUUCUUCAUUUUACAUAGAAUUCUAAAGCUUAAUUCUGUUUUAUCUUUAUGCGUAUUAGAAGUAUUGCAUGCUGGUUGCCCUUAUUUUUUAAAUAAAUUAAGAGAACUGUUUUUCAGAAUAGACGUUAUAAAAACAAUUGUUAACUGUUAUCUUUAUUGUACAAUUUUUGUAAAGAAAAUUACUAAAAAUUCACAUUUUUACAAAUAGUUAAAUUUAUUUCUCUAUUUUGGAAUGAAACUAAUUAUUUCCCCCCAAAUAAUAAAACAGGACGUUCUUUUCAAAUAAUGGGCGAAGGGGGUGUUGCAAUCUGUUUAUGCAUUCUGUUUCAGAUCUGUGUUACAUACUAUUGGAAAAUUCUUUUAAGAAAAAGCAGAUGCUUAUAUUGUGUUCUCCAAGAGCCUCAUGACUUUAUAAAAACAGAGGUACUUUACCAUGCUUGAUGUAGCCUCUGUAGUGAAAAUAACACAAGAAUCUAGGCUAAGGUCCUAUAUGCACUAAUCUAGGCAUAUUCACCCAUUGAAUUCAGUUUGGGACAUACUUAUGAUUAGAUAUGUAUAGGAUCAUGUUCUUAAAAGCAUUUGAUUAGCUUAAUCACUUGGCAGUAUGCUUGUUGAGUUCUAGGUUGUUCAUCUGUUGGCAUUUAUCAAAAAGAUUAUAUUUCUUUACUGAGAUCAAGCUAGGUGAACAUGCAGAAGACUUGCAGAGGCUUCCAGUUUCCUGUUAACAUCCCAGUGUGACCACUGCUUGUGCACUCAUAGGAAAUAUAUACAGUGGGUGUGGAACCACGACCUAAAUCUUAUUCAAUGCUAGUGGAGUGAAAAUCCUCACUGGUACAGUUGCGGUGGAUUACAUAAUUUGGGUUAGAUAGUCAGUUGCAACUGAUUGUACAUCUGUAUGCACAGUUGUGCAACAAUUUACCGAACUGUUUGUGCAAUAAAAAGCAUAUUGGAUAUUGCCCUUGCGCUUAUUCUGAAAAUGUCCAGCAGCUAUCACCGUGUGCCUUUCUCUGGCUCAGUGAUGUAACUGGAAUCAGAACCAUAGUCUUAAUCCAUAUAUGGCACAAAUCAUGCACAUGGUGUAUGCAGUUGUGUUAAAUCAUUUAUCCUACUAUCUGGGAUUCAGAUUUGAAAUACAUUGUUUUCUAAUAAUCUCUGGUAGUUUUGUUUUGAAUUGGUACUUAUUUUGAUAUUGAAUUUUCCUGUAUCAUUUAUUAUACACAGAGUUCAAGCAGGGAUUUUGCAGUAUUUUUGUUGAAAUUUUUAUUCAAAUAAAUUUUUCCUUUUAAGAA